AUGGAUAAGUCAUGGAUGCAUGCUGAUAGAAGAUCAAAGAAGUUUGAGCUAGGAGUAGCAGAGUUUCUCAAGUUUGCUGAGUCUAAUGAUUGGGAACCUGGGAUGGGGGAGAAUGAUUGGGGCUUUGGAGAAAGUGAGGAUGAAGUAAGUGUCCGAGUGUCGAUCACCAAAUCUAUUGUUGCUAAUGCUUUGCUACCAAUUCCUAUUAAGGAUGAGAUUCUGUUUGUCCACGAUGCAAUUGGUACAUGUGUUGCUUGGCCUAGAGAUUGGGUUAUACCCACUGCAGCUGAUGCAAAGCAACAAAAGCAUAAAAUUGUGAGGAGGAAAAAGAAGGAUACAUAUGAUGAUUUUUUUUAUCAUGAUGAUUUGGACAAGCUGCCACCCAAUUUGCCUCCACCACUUAAGACGUUGGCCACAUGGGCUAAUGAUAACUUGAAGGAUGGGAUCACCAUCCACACAACCUUAGGCGAUGAAUUAUUUGGAUACCCAAAAAAGGUCGCCAUCUUCAGAAGGGGUGUGUAUGCCAUGACCAACAUGAAUGAGCUUUCUGGCAGCUGCAUUGUGAUGUAUAUGAGCUUCCUUUAUCAAGUGUUGAAGAAAUCGAAGAUGCUUGACAUGAUUGGCUUCGUAGAUCCUACUAAUACUUGUGUCAUUGGCUGUGGAAAUCUGACUAAACGGGCUCGUUCUUUGUCAGUUUCUUAUGAAAGAGGGAAGCCUGGUCAUAUUUUUUUGGUCCCCUAUAAUUCAGGCUAUCAUUGGAUAUUGACGGUGGCGAACCCCACUGAAGAAGUUGUGUAUUUCAUGGAUCCGCUAAAGAGGCGACUCAUCACCGGUGAAUGGAGAACUAUUGUGGACAAGCAAGGUUUAUUAGGUACUGAAAAUAUUUAUUUGUUUAAGGGUAUUCCGGAGCAGAUGGGUGAUAAGACUUGUGGAUAUUGGAUUAUGCAUUACAUGAGGGAUAUAGUGGAGGACAAAAACCAAGAGUGGAGUGCUAAGUGGGAAAGAAAAGCAAAUCACUAUUACACAAUGAAGAAUGUUGAUGUUGUCCGGAUAGAGUGGGCAAAGUAUGUUAUGAAGUUCAAAGAUAACUAG